AGAGAUUAGGCGGAUGUAACAAUCACCUGAAAGGGGAGAUUAAAGCAACUCUCAAUGGAGUCCUUUGUUCUCGGCCUCAUUUGAUGCCUUGCGGCCUUUUCAAACCAAAACGGGGAAGGUGCUUUAAAUGUUUGCUCCUAAAGCCGGGCGGCUUAUUGAGCGGGAGCAACGGCAGAGCCGGACGAGAUGGAGAAGGGGCCGUUCUCAGUGGAAUGGCUGUCCCAGAGCAGCUGCGGCGGGACCCGGCCGUUGCUGCACCCGGCUGCUGCGCACCAACCUCACUCCCCGCCCGGAGCCACCGAUAGCCAGCAACCUCCACCAGACCUCGACAUGCUCCGGUGUCGGGAAGCCGCGGACCGCAGCAGCUCCAGGCAGGAAGCGGAGGCGGGUGGCUGCGCUGUGCCCGGGAGACCCCGCACCAAGUUCUCGGCCGCGCAGCUGCAGGAGCUAGAGCGGAGCUUUCGUGAGCAGCGCUACAUUGGCACCAGCGAGAAGCGGCGCUUAGCCGCCGUGUUGAAUCUUACCCAGAGCCAGAUAAAAACCUGGUUUCAGAAUCGUCGCAUGAAGUUCAAACGUCAAACUCAAGAUGCCAGAGUGGAAGCUUUCUUCUCAGGCUUACUUUUCCCCUAUCAUUGUUACUCAGAUAUUGUUACAUCCAGCUGUUCUCAUGAGAUGGACAUCAAUGGCUCUUCUACCCCUACUGUUUGCCUUCAUCCAGCUAUGCCAAGCCCUGCCUUGUUGUUACCUUCUGUUCCAACUCAGUCCCUCGGGCCAGCUUUACCAAGUCCAUCUUUACUAUGGCAUCCCAGCCCAGGAUUAUCUUGUUACUCUUCUGCAGUUCCAGCAACGACUCUAACUGAUGACUACAAAAGAGCAGAUUUUCAGACAUACCUUCCUUCAUGUUAAAAAUGCCAAUUAUUACUGUAAUGUAAAUAACUACCAAAUAUAUCUUAAUAGUAAUUUAUUUUGUUAUAUUAAAGAGAUUGAUUAUCCAAA